AUGUUUCCACGAUUCUCAAUAUCGUCGCUCAUUCUAGCGGUGUUGGUAAUUUGCAUACUAGUAUUCAACUUGCUAAUCUUAACCUCCCUGGGCAAAGAAAACCAAGUUGUCUCACACACAGCAGGUGCUACCUACUACACUGGAGGCAAACAUGCAUUGAAAGCCCACGUCGACAAGGUUGACUCACCAGAAUUCAUUGCUGCAGUGGUUAAGGAACUCGAAGAAACCAAAAAGGAGGAGUUGCUCGACGAACUAAAAGCACAAGUCUCCAAAGACGAAAAACCAGCAAUCAUUCAAAACUUGAAAACAGAAAUGCGAACAAAAUACUUGGACGUACUCAAGGAUACUUUAAAGGAAGAAAUUAAAGAGGAAAACACCAAUGAAAUAUUUAAACAAAGUGCACUUUCAUACGAAUUGUUUGAAAAAUUGGCAAAUGACUAUGCCAAAACCCACGAAAAAGAAUUCCAGCCAGCUGCAUUCCUCUCAAUCUUGAAGGAACUACAAAUUGACCAAUUCCCAAAAGAAUUUGAACUACAAGUUGAACGAGCCACGAAAAACUUUUUUGACCGCAAAAAAUACUUUAACUACCUCUUGAAAGAUAUCCUUUUGGAAAAUACACCAAAAUGCGAAGCAUUUACAGAUGAAGAAAAGGGUAAAAAACUCAAUCCAACAUACCAAUGGGACGCACGCAUCAUUUCUGAAAAAUACCUUCGUGAAUCAAAUUUGAAAAUGAGCGGCGACAAGUUCAAAUGCCUUAAAGAAUCACACGAAAAAGUUGUUUCGAAAUUGAAAACUUUGGCAACUCCACCCUCCAAAUUUGUUAGUGGACGCGGAAUAGUCAUCAAUGGUGCCGGAGGAAUGUUGGUGGGAGCAUUGACUGUAAUUUCAAACUUGAGAGACCGCGGCUCAACUUUACCCGUUGAAUUAGUGCUCGAUAGAGCAACAGAAUACGAUAAACAAAUUUGUGACGAACUCUUGCCUAAAACAUUAAAUGGUAGAUGCGUUGUUGUUGAAAACGAAGUGGGAACCGAAGUCUUUAACGCCAUUUCAGAAAAAUUCUCGCGCAAAAUUUUAGGUAUCCUUGUCUCAUCAUUUGACGACACUAUUGCCAUCGAUGCCGACAACUUCCCCAUUGCAGACAUUGACAAUUUAAUCACAACUGAGCCAUACCUCUCAACAAAGAUGAUUUUAUGGCCAGAUUUAUGGGUAAAACUCACAAGUCCACUCUACUACAAAAUAGCCGGAAUCGAAAAGGGAGAGAUUAUCCACAGAUAUGGAUUAAAGAAUGAAGACAAGUUUGAAGAAUACAUUCAAAAGGAUAAACAAUCAGAAGUACAUUACCACGAUUUCGAAAACUUACCCAACCCCAUCUCAGUCGAAACUGGCCAAUUGGUAUUUUCCAAGUCGGAACACAUGCGCUCAUUGCUUUUAGCAUUAUACUACAAUAUCAAUAUGAAAAAAUGGUACGAAACCUUGCUCUACCAAGGUGCCUUUGGUGAAGGCGACCGAGAAACUAUUGUACCAGCCCUCCACGUUAUGAAUGAAAGAUACCACUUGAUGAACCAAAAGGUUCACAUUUUGGAUUAUGAAGGUGUCGAAGGCAAGGGCGGAUCCACUUCGGGAUUGGGGCAAACCGACCCUAGAGACAAUCCACAAUUUUACGCUGAUUGGAAACUGUUUCUUUCGUCAAAGAAUAUGGACCAGAGAUUAAACCCUUUCCAAUCUGGCGAUUUCACAAGGCGUCUUGUUGAACAAUUCAAAAACUAUAAACAAAAGUUGAUUGAAGACAAGCAAAUUGAUGAUGAAGCAACAGCACAUAGACUAGUCGAAUACAAGUUCCCAGGUCUUUUGUUUCUUCACUGCAACCAACCAAAGAUUAACCCAAUCAAGAAUAGUAAAGAGGGCCAAUAUGGAGCUUAUUCGCGCCGUAGUCUAGGCAAAAAGGAGAAAGUCAAGAGUUUAUUUGUUAAGGAUUGGGAAUUGAAAUUCCAUUCUAUUGCGAAAUGGGUCGUUUGUGAAGCAGUCACCAGUGCUGACUUUUGGCAAAAUGAAAAAGCGGACCAAAAACAUGUUUGUGAACGAGUAACAAAGUAUGUUGAAUUCUUGAAAGAAGAUUCAUGGAAUCUCGAAUCAGAAUUUAAAGGAUUCGAUAUUGAAAAGAGUAAAGUUGGCUCAUCGGAAAAAGAAGCCGAAGAAAAUAUAAAAGCAAUUGAAAAGCAACAGGAAGAAGAUAAGAAAUUGGAUUCCGAGCAAGGAGCAGGAGCAGAUGCAGAAGAUGAGAAAAAAAAGCAAGAACCUGAUCAUCCAGUGCAGUAG